AUGGCGGCGGAGGCAGACUGGUCUGAUCUCCCGAAGGAGCUUCUGAAUAUGAUCUCAGAACGAAUCGACAUCGAAAUCAAUAUGAUUCGCUUUCGAUCGGUUUGUUCCAAUUGGCUUCGCUCUUCCUCUGUCCCAAAUCACCAUCUCAAUUUAACCAUCAAUUUUCCACUCCACAAAUCAUUAUCUAAUUCUACCAUCACUUCAUUCUGUUGCCUCUCCAAACGCAGUAUAUUCCUCAUAAAACCACAGCCACCACAAAAACAACAACAAACCCUAAUUCGUCCUUGGUUAGUUAGAAUAACACAAAACUCAAGUGGCAAAAAGAAACGCUUCGAUCCAUUCUUAUCCCAUCACUCAUCUUCAACCUCUUUUUAUUUGCCUCGCGUCAUUGAUUUCCACAAGCUCUCCGUCCUACAUUUAGGAGCCGAUUUCAUCACAAACGAACUCGCAUUCCACAUGCUGCUCCCUCAAAAGCUGGUGCUGUUCACUUGCGGCAAUCAGCCUUGGAAGUGGAUCCCUGAAAUAUCCACGACGUCUGGCGACAUCUGUGUGUUUAAAGGGCGGUUUUACGCAGUUGAUAAAUUUUGUAGGACAGUUAUGAUUGGGCCGGAUUCAACGGUUCAGAUGGUUGCUGAACAUGUGGUUCAUGGUGGGGAUAGAAAAUUGUUGGUGGAGAGUGACGGUGAGUUGUUGUUGGUGGACAUUUAUGAAAGUUUAGAUUUUGGUAUUAAUGUUUUCAGAUUUCAUGAGAAGGAGAAGAAAUGGGUGAAGUUGAUGAAUUUAGGGGAUAGGGUUUUGUUUUUUGGCGAAGGAUGUUCGUUUUCUGCAUCAGCUUCGGAUUUGUGUGUUUCCAAAGGGAAUUGCAUCGUCUUUAUCGAUGAUUCCGUCUCCGCUUAUUGGAUGCAAGGUGGGAAUGGUGUUUAUCAUUUGGAUCAAGGUCGGGUUUCGCCUGUGUCUCGUUAUCAUGAAUAUUUCAACUUGUUUUCGCCACCGGAUUGGAUCCUCGAGAGCUGAAAAAUGAAGUGGAAUUUCGGCUGCUGGAUAAGUGUAUGGUUGAUAUUUCAACUCUCUUUUCAGCAAGUUGUGAUUAUUCAAGGUGUGUAAUUUUUCUAGGAUGAAUGGAUCAGUCAUUGUUGUUUUUUGAUGACUUAGAUUAUGGUAAUAUGCAAAUUUAAUAUUUUUCUUUUAUGUCGAGACAAUAUGGAAGUGAUACUGCCAAGAGUUAUAGUUUCUAAUCGAUUUUUCAGUCUUAUUUAGUUCUCAAUGCACUUGUUGGACAUAUUGAAAAGAUUUCUAUA